AUGAGAACAGAAAAGUACGAAAACCCACCAUUUCCAGGCAAGUAUCCCAAGGAAUCAAACCCCAGCUACACCACCAGACCGCAAAAUAAAGGGACCAGCUUUGACUUGACCCAGUUAGCAGACGAAGAGCAGAUCGCAGCGGGAUUCUGGACGGCGAAGAGGGAAAGGAUUUUGGCGGUGAAGAGGGAUGGGUUGAAGAUGAUGGUGAUGAUGCAGAACGUGGCUCGGUUUGUGGGGGGAGAGAAGGAAAGGAAUGGACUUUAG